AUGGCCACGAAUGUUCGUCCAGUUCAUCUAAAUGUAUCCUUGAUAGCUGCUUUGGAACCGCAGUCUCAGCCAACACAGUCUCAGCCAACGCAGUCUUUAGACAAAACACCUCCACCAAUUCCCCAUAUUACUGACAAUUAUAUUACAUUAAAAACAAUCAUCGCUAAUCUUGUCCUUUUUACUCAUAAAGAAUUCAGAAAUAUUUUUGAAACUCUUCCUGCAACAACUUCGGAUAUUGCUAAAAAGCGACGCCUUCUUGAUUUCAUUGUCAAAAUACGUACAGAAUUUGUCAAAGUAUAUGUUCUAACAAAGUGGGCAAGAAUCAGUAAAGAUAUAUCAAAAACAAUAGAUGUUGUUUCAUGGCUUAACGGUCAACAAUAUUGCUUUAGAAAUGUUGUUUCUGCCUUAUUUGGGAUUGAAAAGGCACUUGCAGGAGCAAAACUUCGCACACCUGAUAUUGAAACAGCUCUAGAAGUUUUCACUGCCGGCCGCCCUGCACAAUCCUCAAGAAAUUAUUUUCCUGUGAAAAAACUUGAUCCUUCAACCAUUCUUCAGACCUUGCAUGAUUUGGACAUUCUGCUCUCUAUUCGAUUAGCUUUAACAGAAAAAUUGCCACUAGAAUUUUCUCAUUAUAAAAUAUCUGACGGGAGAGUAACUUUUUUUGUUGAAAAUUCUUAUCAGGUUCAACUUGGAAUUGCCGAUGACUCAGUUAAUGCUCGUUUUUUUCUUGUUGACUUUAAAUUUGACUUUCCUGGUGCUUUCAAUAUUUCUGCAAAAACGAAAGCGCGGCUGGAGUUGAUUUCAAACGAAUUUUUACCUAAAAAGGGACUGGUGGAUUUUUUUGCAAUGCUUUUAAAAUUCACUCAAAACUACAAACUCUCUACAUAUUAUGCUAGUCUCAAUGAUCUCCGUCGUGGCCUCUACGCAGAUUUGAUUCUUCCAAAAUUCUCCCCUGAGAAAAGUCUUGUUACAGUGCAAUAUUGGCUUACUUCGAAGUCUAGUUUUUCGGCUUCCUCAUCUUCAGUAUCGCUUCCUUCAAACAUUAAUACCACAAGUAAUCAAGCUAGUAUUUCAGGUUCGACGUCUUCAGCUAUUUCAAGUAAUCAAGGCUCGAGAAGUUCAAUUCAUAUUGGAAUAUCUAAAAUUACAAAUAAAAUAGGUGUCUUGUGGUAUAGGGAUAAUCAACUCGUUAUCAACCAUGGUCUUGAAUUUGGGCAAUCUCAAGAAACUGUGGAGUCAUUGCUUCAGAGAGUUGCUUCUCUUCAUGUUCAAUACAUUGUGCAUAACGUUUUCCUUUCUUUAUCAAAAAUAUUGGAAUACAGUAAUACAUCUACGAACGUUGGAAAAAUGAGUCAUGUGGCUAAUCAUCAAUCUUUAUCUUCUGGUCAAGCAUCAGUUGCAUCAAAUUUUUCUUUGUCUAUUUCAUCUAAAAACUGUAAGGCUAUUUCUACUCAGAAAUCAAUUUACCUUCAGCAAUCACGCAAUGACGUAGCGUCUUCACCCCAGUCUCCGUCUGGAAUUACUGCCUCAACACCAAAUACACCGGCUCACACAUCAGAACCAUUUAAGCCAUCUACCAACGAACUAUACAAUACAGACCCUUCUAAUUAUGAAAUAGUAACAAUGAUUACACCCGAAAAGUUAAAAAUUAGGCUUAACAGCACCAGAUUUACAAUAUUCUCUAUUGACAGACUUACUGGAAAGGCAAUUCUUACUAAUUCAACUCAUUUGGUUUCUUCUGCAGAAGUUGCAAUUAACGAAGCUCAAGGCCGUUUUGCGACUAUUGCUGAAAUUUUAAUAAAGUUAAGGCUUUCAUCGAUACAGGAGGAAAUUUGCAAUAAAGCUAAAGUCACUGGCUGGAUAACAAAGCAAAAUAUCCAUCCAUCCAUUGUUCGUAAUAAAUUUCCUAUAAAUACACGGCUUAUUUUUUUUUUACGGCAACCGACAUGGCCUGACAAGUGGUAUUUGUUAGUUACAUUAAAUACCCACGGAAUACCUCGGUGGUGGAUCACUCAAAUGCUUUUUAAAGAUAACAGUUGGUACGUUCUUUUUUCAGAAGAAGCUUCGAUACCUAAUGAAGAAUUGGGAAAAAGUUAUAACUAUAAAAUGUUUGUUGAGCUAGACCAGUUCACUAUCUCAAGAAUACGAACCGAAGCUUUACGCAAGGAAUUGGAUAGAUGUAAAAUUAAAUACCGUCUUGUUCAAAGUACUAAUACUAAUUCUGAUUUAAAGAACAGUCACACUGAUACCUUAAUUGAUAAUGAAAUCUUGAACAUUUCUAGCCGAACAAUUUUUGAUUCCAGUGAUUCACUUCCUAUUGCUAUGUUUGACAUCUCAUCAAUUAUUGAAGGUUCUAAAUGGGCGGAUAAGGCUGCUUACAUGAGAAUUAGUGAUGUGAAUGAAGAAAAAGGAACAGUUGAGGUCAUUGUUCAGGGUCAUACAAAAAAUGUAUUUUCCAUUGGUAUCAUGCCCUCAGAUGACCCUAGUAUAAAAUUUAAUCCCAACACUGGAAUGUUUUCUUUGUUUCUCACUGUUAGCAGCUCUACUUUUUCUCUUUCCAGCUCUAUUUCAGCAAGCAAUCAGGAAAAUAGCCAAUCACUCAAAACAAAUUCAGAACUUCUUAAUUUGAUUGUUCAAAAGCUUUCGCAGAUUCAAACAAUUGUUAGUCACGUUUCUUUAUUAAAAUCUCUUUCUCUUGAUAUUGUCGAGGCUUCGAUGUCAAAAAUUACAUUUGAAUAUGGCCCCGGUAUGAAAGCUUCAAUUUUGAUCACUCCAAAUGUGGAACAUACAAAGAAUAAGGUCUUUGAACACGAACCAAGCAUCAGUAAAAAGUGUGACUCUGACCAACAGAAGGGUUUCGAUAUAAAGUCGGCCGGAUUCAAAAUUGCAUCUUGCUCCAACGAUUAUGGGUUUGUGUUUAAGUUGCACGAAAACAGCCCACAUAAAAUUGUCGAACCAUUUUUACAAAAGGUCAUUAAUGCUGAAGGUCUAGGAUCUGUUGUUUGGAUUCUACGUAAAUGCCUUCCUCUUUAUUUGGCACUUCAGGAAUUACAGGAAGGUCGCUCUAUUCAGCUAUCUGAUACCAAUAGAAACACAACAUCACAAAGGUCAUCCAGUCGCCCCUUCAAUCCUAUUAUGGUUUUUGCUCACUCUCUUCUGGACUUUGUGAUUCAAUUUUAUCGACCAUCUGGUCAAGUGUGCAUUCAACUGAAAUUAGUUCAAUCAAACCAUCGACCCUUAUCAGUAUUUGUAUCAGAGUUUUUUUUUAGAGAUCAGUUUUAUGUUCCAUCAAUAAGCGCCCCAUUAACAUCAGAAGAGCUGGAUAAUCAAUCAAAUUUAUUAUUUGCUCCUCUUAUUCCACUAUGGCGACAAAAGUCAGAAAUCCCCGGUGUUAUCCCUCUUCAACAAGGCUUAUCUUGUCCUAUUGAAAAAAUUGGGCCUGUUCUUAUGAAGAUCACAGCAAUCAUUGCUCAACCUUCGUCAUCUUUAGUUCAACCUGUCGGAACAUCUUUGAACAUUGGAAAUGGAAGCAGUGGUAAUGGGAAUAAUAAUGCUGUAAGAUCUUAA